GCUAGACUUCUUUAGAGCCUUUAAUUCAAAGAAAAAACGUCCGUUUUUUGAAUUAAGUACCUUACUUUUGUCAAACCAUGAGAUUUCUGAUUGUUUUCAUUGCCAUCUUUGCCUUAUGUUCAACGGCUCAAGGUAUGCUUGGCUUGGAAUACGGAGCUGGUCUUGAAAAACUUAAAGGACUUUAUGGUUUAGAAUUAAAGAAACUUGGAGCUGAGAAGGCGAUAGCAUGGCCCUACCUGUAUUAUUAUCCACUUCUCAUGAAGGAAAAAGAGCAUGAGAUUGGCAUUGGAAAAGAGAUAGGUCUAGAAAAAUCAGGACAUGAAAUCGGAAUAGGAAAAGAGCUGGGUCAUGAAAAAGGAUUGGAAUAUGGAAAGAAAUUUUACUAGAAUAUGAGAUUUAGUGGAUAUUUCAAGUUUCUUUUGGAAAAGAAAGUAUUAUAUGCAUCAUAGAAAUGAUAUCCUACCAUAUGAAAACGAUUUAUCUGCUUUUGCGCAUUUGCUAUGUAAUAUUUUAUUAUAUUUUUAUGAACAAUAAAAUGUCUUACUUUUCUUAAA